CCUUUGGUUGUCACUCGAGUCACGUGCUGGUAAUUGGUAACUUGUAACUGAAAUUGAUAACUUCAAUUUGCCUUUCUUUGGGCUGAGUAUAAGGCUUAGUUGGGCACUUGGACUUUGUGGCCCUCUCUCUACCAGGAAACAGAAAAACGUUAACUUUCCCUCCCUGGGCUUCAAUGCGUUCUCAAUCAACCUACUUGACGCUCCCAACUUUCAAAACCCAGAAAAACCCAGUUUUCCCAACCCAACUCCAACGCUUCUUCUUCUCUGAAUUUAAGCAAAUCCUGCGGUGGUAAAACAAUCUUGAAUCUUAGAUUGCCUUUUAGAAUCUGAAGGAGUUAAAUAUUAUGGAAGCAAAUGUUGCACUAGAAGAUAAAUGUUUUGCUUUAUGACAAUCUGAAGCUCAGGAAGCUGCAUUUGCCAUACAGCAGGGCUAUUGUAAUGGAUACAAGCACCAGUGGUGAUUCUUUUCCAACUCGAUGCAAAUGGAGAAAAGUUGCAUAUGGAGGGAUGCAACCUGGUUUUGAUGACAAUCACACAGAUGGCACUUUCCUUGAAGACAUGGUCAUGAACGCUAAUGUUGUUAAAAGGAAUAUGCUUAAGGUGAUGCAAGAUUCAGUGUCUAUCUCACAAUAUCUAUGCAUUGUUGCUCUUGUGGUGCUUGUCUGGACCUACACUCUUAGGUCAACCCUCAAUGAAAACUCCCUCUUGCUUCUUGAUGUAAGCCUUCUUGGUUCAGGUUUCUUAAUUCUCCUAUUAACUGAAGAAAUGCUCUCCCUCAACCUUCUUUUGCACUAUGUCCUCAAUGUUUCCUUUUUUACCACUGGUUUGUAUGUUUUGGCCCCUAUCUACCAAACCUUGACGAGGUCCAUUAGCUCUGAUUCCAUUUGGUCAGUAACUGUUUCACUUCUCUUGCUUCAUCUUUUCUUACAUGACUAUUCUGGAUCUACAAUAAGAGCUCCAGGGGCUCUUAAGAAUCCUAACUUGACUAGUUGUAUUUCCUUGAAUGCUUCUAUCGUUGCUUCAGUUUUCCUAGCAUCUCGACUACCAUCAAGAUUACAUGUGUUUGCUAUUAUGCUAUUCUCGUUACAAGUCUUCCUCUUUGCACCAUUGGUCACCUAUUGUAUCAGGAAAUAUUCUUUUCGCUUGCACCUUCUGUUCUCCUUUGCACUGAUGGCUGUGACUUUGACUUUUGUUUAUAGCCUGCAUCGCCUACUUUUUGUGCUACUGGUGGGAAUGUUAGUCUUUGUUAAUGUGGUUUGUCCUUACUGGCUUAUAAGGAUUCAGGAAUACAAAUUUGAGAUCAAUGGCCCUUGGGAUGAGGCUAAGCUUUGUUUUGACAUUACAGAUUGAGAUCAUUUUUGCCACCUUCAGUUAUUGAACAGAAAUUUUGAAACUUAAUAAGAAUUCAGUUGCUUGUAAAAUUGUCUCCUUUA